CAGCAGGUGAAAACAGAGUGCAAAUCAUGGAGCUGCUGUUCUGUCUGCUUUUAGUCUGCAUAGUAUGCUUGUUUGCUGCUUUCCUUUUACUCUUGGCUGGAAUAAUUUAUUAUGAAUGCACAAAUUCAGAGAUUCCUGCUGGUGUAGAUCAGCCUUUUAAGCUGCGUGUUCUCCAAAUGCAGUUUAUCGGGAUUGCAGUGGUGGGCAGGAUACUUGAAAACCUUGGAAUUUGGAACCAACUAGGCUUCACCCGCUACAUUCGAGAUCAGCUGUUUGUAAACAGGCUGAAAGGUGAUUCAAAGCUUUCAAUCAAGGACAGCCAGUUUAACCAGAUUCCAGUGAGGAUUUAUCACCCAAAGGCCCCAGCUGCUUGUAGGCGGCGAGGUGUCAUAUUCUUCCAUGGCGGGGGCUGGAUGUUUGGAAGCUUAAAUUCUUAUGACACAUUAUGCCGUUACAUUGCCAAGCAGAGUGAUUCUGUGGUUGUAUCUGUGCAGUAUCGCUUAGCCCCUGAGUUUCGAUAUCCAGCACAGUUUGAAGAUUGUCUAAAUACAGCAGUUUAUGUCAUCCAAAAUGCUGAACAUCUAGGCAUUGAUGCUUCCUCCAUUGUCAUAUGUGGUGAUAGUGCUGGGGGGAACCUCACAGCUGCUGUUUGCCAAAAGUUGGCACAGAGAAAUGACCUCCUGCCAGUAUGUGCCCAAGUCCUCAUCUACCCUGCCCUCCAGGCAGUAGAUUUUAAUCUGCCAUCUUAUCAACAGAACCGUGAUAUACCCAUCUUGUUCCAAACCCGUUCACUGUUUUAUCACUUGCAUUAUUUAAAUGGGGAGAUAGAGUUUCUAGAAGAUAUGUUAGAAGGGAAUCAUGUUCCAGCAGAAAUGAAGCUGAAAUUCAAGAAGUGGAUCGACCCAGACAAAAUUCCUGAAGAAUUUAAAGUCCGAGGCUAUAAUCCAAAAAUAAUAACCUCACAUACUGAUGAUGCUUAUGAAGUACUGCAGCAAGCACUAGAACCAACAUUCUCCCCUCUUUUGGCUGAAAAUGAUAUUAUCCGUAAACUUCCCCAGACCUAUAUUUUAACAUGUGAAUAUGAUGUUCUUCGAGAUGAUGGCAUACUGUACAAGAAACGAUUGGAAGAUAAUGGGGUUCAGGUGACCUGGUAUCAUUCCACAGAUGGAUUUCAUGGGAUAAUAAGCUUUUUUGACUGCAGAUGCCUAACAUUUCCAUCUGGAAAAAAGGCACUGGACAAUAUAGUACAUUUUAUUAAAACAACCAAAAGCAGUAGCAAAGAACUAUAGAUAAUUCACAAAUUUUGCUGUACUUUUUUAAAGUGAGGACUAUGUGAACCUCCACCAUUCAGAAGAAGCAUUAUAUGCAAUUUGUUUGCUAUUUAAACCAAGGAUCUAAAAAUAUGUACUCAUAUAUUUAGCUCAGUUUGCCUUUUUUUCAAACAGUUCACUUGUUUGUUUUUGGCUAUGUUUUUAUAUAACCAGAAAUAUUUCUGCCUUUUUGCUCUUAAUUUUUUGUGUGAAUGUAUUUGUGCUUUUUGUAAAAGUCUCAUGUUCACAGUACUUCACGAUAAUCUUAUCUUUUAUUUCUUAUUUUGUUUGCCAGCAUAUGGGUCCCAUGUUUGGAUUUCAUUGGCAAGGGGUACCAUGAGACGUUUUUUUCAUCAUAUAAUUUCUAGCUCAAAACAUUCCACACUGCAGGACUACUUAAUUAUCUAAAUAAUGGUUGUGUUUGAUGUAUUUUUUUCUUAAUAUAAAAUAUAUA